CCCCCACAACCCCCCUACCACAAUGGCUCCCCGCAAGGGCAACGAGCCCGCCUCUUGGGAGGUCGACGCCGACAAGCCAAAGCCCGAGGGCGAGACCCGCAUCCACCGCUCCUACGCCGCCAAGGACCUCGUUCUCCGUCCCGAGGCUGGCAUCGACACUGUCCACGAUGUGAUGCUCUAUGCCGCCCGCACCCACGGCUCCAAGAAUGCUCUUGGCGCCCGCGAGAUCGAGCGUACCAUCUCCGAGAGCAAGCAGAUCACCAAGAUUGUCAAUGGCCAGGAGACCAAGGUCGACAAGGAGUGGACCUACUACAAGCUCACCCCCCUUGACUGGAUCUCGUACGAGCAGGCGCUUCAGGAGGUUCGCGACAUCGGUUCGGGUCUUCGCGAGCUCGGUGUCGGCAGCGAGGGCGAGACCUUCUUCAACAUUUACGCUUCGACCCAUCGCCACUGGAUGCUCAUGGCCCAGGCCUGUGCUUUCAACGCUGUCCCCAUUUGCACGGCUUACGACUCGCUUGGCCCCGAAGGUCUCGCGCACUCGCUCAAUGAGACCGAGGUCCGCGCCAUGUUCACCAAUGUUGACCUUCUUGGCACUCUGGCCAAGAUCAUCGGCAAGUGCCCCACUGUCCGUCUUGUUGUCUAUGACGGCAAGCACGUCGACGAGGCCACCACGCAAAAGUUCCGCUCGAUCCGUGACAGCAUCACUCUUAUCCACAUCGACGAGGUUCGCGCCAAGGGCAAGGCUGCCCCCAAGGAGGCCGUCCCCGCCAACCGUGAGGACGUGUACUGCUGCAUGUACACUUCGGGCUCGACUGGUACCCCCAAGGGCGUGCUGCUAACCCACGGCAACGUCACCUCUGCCAUCGGCUCUGUCUGGAAGCUCCUCUACGAGUACCUCACCCCCGACGACACCUACCUCGCCUUCCUUCCCCUCGCCCACAUUCUCGAGUUUGUCGUCGAGAUGUCGUUCAUCUUUGCCGGUCUCCCCAUUGCCUACGGUAGAGUCAAGACUCUCACCGACGCUUCGGUCCGCGAGUCCAAGUCGGACAUUAUGGAGGCCCGUCCCUCGAUCAUGGUCGGUGUGCCCCAGGUUUGGGAGAUUAUCCGCAAGGGUAUCCUCGGCAAGGUUGAGGGAGGUGGUGCCGUCAAGAAGGCCGUGUUCAACCUUGCCCUCAAGGCCAAGACUGCUGGCAAGGAGUACCACAUUCCAGGUCUUGCUGGCCUCUCGGACGCCGUCGUUUUCAACACUGUCCGCGCUGGUACCGGUGGUCGCCUGAAGAUUCUGUUCAGCGGUGGUGGCCCCGUCUCGCAGUCGACCCAAAAGUUCCUCUCGACCGCCCUCGUCAUGAUGAUCCAGGGCUACGGUCUUACCGAGGGCACUGCUAUGGCCUGCAUUCUCAACCCCGACUGGAUGCGCUACAACGCGGUCGGCGGUCCCGUCCCCGGUGCCGAGAUUAAGCUUGUCGACGUCGCCGAGGCCGGCUACUUCAGCACCAACAACCCGCCGCAGGGUGAGGUUCUGCUUCGUGGUCCCGCCAUCUUCAAGGGCUACUACAAGCGCCCCGAUCUUGACAAGGAGGCUUUCACCGAGGACGGUUGGUUCAGGACUGGUGACGUCGGACAGUGGAACAAGGACGGUACCCUGUCGAUCAUCGACCGUAUCAAGAACCUCGUCAAGCUUCAGGGCGGCGAGUACAUUGCGCUCGAGCACCUCGAGUCGGUGUACAAGUCGGCCAGCUUUGUUCUCAACGGCUGUGUCAUCGCGAACGCCAACCACACCCACCCCGCCAUGGUCAUCAUGGCCCACCCCGUCAACCUGCCUGCGUUUGCCAAGCAGCGUGGCCUGGGCGACCACGGCGACCUCGACGCGUACUGCGAGGACCCCGCUGUUGUCACGGCGUGUCUCAAGGAGAUGAACGACAUUGGCAAGAAGCAGGGUCUGAAGGGAAUGGAGCUGCUCGAGGCCAUUGUCCUUACGCCUGACGAGUGGACUCCCGAGUCUGGGUUCCUUACUGCUGCGCAGAAGCUGCAGCGCAAGACGAUCGAGACUCACUACAAGGACAAGAUCAAUGCCGUCUACAAGCUCAACUAA